UAAGAAUACGUGUAUAUCAUGCAACGAGAAGCACUUGGAGUUGCCGUGUUGGUUAGAAAGUGACAGUGUCGGACUAUUAUCAAGCUUUCACUCAUCAUUUACGCCAUUAUGGCGAAACGAAAGGAAUUGUUCAAUUUGCACAACUUUUUAAGUUCCCUUCCAGUUCUUUUGGUGACUUUAUCGCUACAUUAUGACGAUGGAGAGGCCAAUUCUGAAUCAGAAGCCAAGAGAUACAUGCAGACUGGAAACACUUUAUUAGCUGCUGGUCAACUAGCUGAUGCACUGGCCCAAUACAAUUCUGCAAUAGACAAUGAUCCUAAUAACUACAUGGCCUACUACAAGAGAGCUGCUGUGUACCUGGCCCAGGGAAGGUCCAAACUAGCCCUACCAGACCUGAAGAAAAGUAUGACUCUCAAGUCCGACUUCACCCCUGCUCUCAUCAACCAUGGGAAUGUGCUCUUUAAACUGGGACACCUUGCUAAAGCUAGUGAAGAUUACGCUGCAGUGUUGAAAUACGAUCCUUCAAAUAAAGAGGCCGACAAGCAACUUGGAAUGACUCGUACUGUUGAGGAGCGAAUAACGUUAGGAGAUCAACUGUUCCAAUCAAAUCAACACGAGCAAGCAUUAGAUGCCUACUCAAAAGUUCUUAUGUAUUUACCCUGGAAUGCAGAUAUGCACAGGAAACGAGCCAAAGUCUACACACAGCUUGGAGAGUUGUACAAGGCCAUCGAUGAUCUUAGAUCAGUCACUAAACUGGUUCCAGACAGCACAGAGGUCUAUCUUGAAAUGAGUAGAACACAUGACAGUAUGGGCGAUCUGGAUAUGGCCUUAGACGAUAUCCGAGAAUGUUUGAAACUUGAUCCUGAUCAUAAGGAGUGCUUCCCUCUUUACAAAGUUCUGAAGAAGAUCAAGAGAUUUCUGGAUGCUGCUGAAAACUAUAUACGUGAUGGAAGGUAUGAUGAUGCUGUAGGCAAGUUAGAAUCAUCGAUAGAGGCUGCAGGGAAAGGAGGUGUUUAUGAACUCAGGGCAAACGCUAGGAUAUGCCAUGCUUAUAGAAUGGGCCAAAAUCCUGAAGCAAUGAAGAUGUGUACACGGGUAUUGAAAGAUGAUCCAGAGAAUAUUGAUGUACUUAUAGACAGAGCUGAGACAUAUAUCCAAGAUGAAAUGUAUGAAGAAGCUGUAAAUGAUUACCAGAAAGCCAAAGAAGUAGACGAUAUACAAAGAACACAAGAAGGAUUAGAUAGAGCGCAGAAACUUUUAAAACAAUCCAAGAAAAGAGAUUACUACAAAAUAUUAGGAGUCAGAAGAAAUGCAGGCAAAAAGGACAUAUUGAAGGCCUAUCGUCAGCUCGCCAUGAUAUGGCAUCCGGAUAAACAUGAAGAAGGGGAAGAAAAAUCCAAAGCAGAGAAGAAAUUCAUGGACAUUGCUGAUGCCAAAGAAGUACUCACAACCCCAGAAAUGAGGGAGAAGUUUGACGCUGGUGAGGAUCCCUUAGACCCUGAACAGCAGAAGAACCAAGGCCAUCAUCAUGGCCAUCCAUUCGGUUUUAAUCCUUUUGGUAGUGGCGGCGGCGGUGGUUUCAACUUUAAAUUUAACUUCAACUAGAGUUAGCUCAACAUUAACAGUCUCACAUCUCCAGUUUGACAUACAUGUAGUACACAAUUCAUUCAGCUUCAAUUCCUUCCAAAGUACAGAAUUACAUGUAGCAAGGUUUUAAUUCUAAAUUCCCUUCAACUAGACCUCAAUGUUAAAGAUAAAGACCAGUUACGGUCAUGCGAUUGCAUUGUGAAAGAAACGUUGUGGAAUCGAUCAGAAAAGAUUAAUCAUCUAGCUUAUAAGUAU